AUGACUGCAGGCAACCUGAUGGUCUCUGCAGCAAUUUUGUUUUCUGGAGAAACUUACAGUAAAAUUUCUCACUUUGCAGAAAUUCUAAAGCUACAGUUUUUGUCAGAAUCAACAUACUACAGAAUACAGGAUGAGUAUGUUUUCCCAGUUACAAAUGAUGCCUGGAAGAAACAUCAACAAGAAAUUUUGAAGUCUGUAAGUGGACCACUUUCGAUUAUUGGGGAUGGAAGAUGCGAUAGUCCAGGGUAUUCACCUAAAUAUGGAACAUACGCAAUUAUAGACCAAAACACAGACAAGAUACUUGACUUUCAGUUGGUUGAGGUGGGUGAAGUUGCCAACUCUGUUGCUAUGGAAAAGACAGGACUUGAAAGGUCACUUCAAUAUUUGUUGAAUGAAGGUCUUUCCAUACAUCAGUUAGCUACAGACAGACAUCCACAAAUCACUAGCUUUAUGCAGAAACACUAUCCAUCAGUCGAACAUCAGUACGACAUAUGGCAUGUCUCUAAAGGGGUUUCUAAGAAGCUCGUCAAACAGGGAAAGCAAAAAGCUUCUCAGAGCCUCCUUCCAUGGAUACCAUCAAUUUGCAAUCAUUUGUGGUGGUGUGCUUCAUCUUGCCAUGGUAACAGAGAAAUCCUGAAAGAGAAAUGGAUGUCUAUUCUUCAUCACAUUUCUGAUGUACACACUUGGGCUAGUGCAAACCACUUUCUAGAAUGUGCCCACCGCAACCUUCUGAGGAAGCAAGACAAGGCAAGGAGUGCUUAA